UCAACCAGGAGAUUCCAGUUUCUGUAAGAACUACCUACCUCUUACGUACUGUGGCUAAAGUCUAGGCUGACUGGGAAGAUAGACGUCCGUUGAUGGCAGAUCAUUCUACCAUUUCAACGUACCACGCAAACUUCGCCCAGUAAGAAUUAUACCAAUUAGAGUCUGACUGUCGACAUUUUCUAACCAGGCACUCAGGAUGAGAAGGAGUAUAUCUACAGGAAUCUCCGUUACAACGAAGAUGAAGAUCCUAUGUGGUAAAUAAGGCCGUGCACGCUGGAAGAAACGCAGCAAGGCACUCUCGGGUCAGAUGUGCCCGUAGUGAUUCAUGAUUGGUUAGAUAUGAGCCAUCCAAUCCCGUGUAGCCAGGAUGACUUGAGAGAGGGGAAUAAUCAUUUCGUGAUUCCAUUGGUCUAUGAUUAGGCAUGGAAAUUCUUACCACGUUUCUUCGGGCUGAGUCGCACGCGCCGAAAGCUCGCAGGAGGCCUAUUACAAGGCAGUGUAGGUCGCACAGCUGGAAUACGCCUUCGUUCAAUACAAAUGCAAAAUAGUUUUUCCACUUCGACUUCUACUUUGACGAUGUAUUUAUGUAUGUCCAGUUAGUUAUAUGACGUCUCUAAUCCUUCCCCUUGACCCGAAUCGAAUAAUUCAAUACCGUACAUAGAAGCGAAAUCCACACUGUCCCGUCGCCAUGGCUUCACAAAGCGCAAUGGAUUGUGCGGUUCGGUUCGAGGAGUCUGUCAACAGGACUUCAGAUUAUCCCGUGAACCUUCUCAGGACAGAAGCAUUCGGCCACACUCUUGAAUCUUAUCGCAGAAGACUCAAUAGCAAUAAUAUAUUCGACGAGAAAUAUCGAUCGCUAGCCUGUAUCAAUCUUUACGAGAAUUUUGAUUUAUCGAAGAAUCUCAACACGGUUGAUAAACUUAGCAGUUAUAUCGACGAAGAAGAUGGCGCUCCAUUAUGGCGAAUGGUAUUCGUCCAAGCUGCAUCGUCUCGGGGUGCAUUAGGAUGCAGCAAAGAGCAACUCACAUAUUUACUCACUUAUUAUCAAGUAAUGCCUUCUUUCCUGGACUUCGUUUUGAAUUUUAGCACCCGAGGGGCCCCUGUGGCGCAUGCCUCAUUCAGGCACGAGAACUAUCUCGAAAAGAAUAGUCCCGAACUCGCUCUACCGGAGUUCAAGCGAUCUGGAAUCCAGAUACAACAUGCUUUCAACCUCUUGUCUAUAGAGCGGACUCGCAACGAGGACGAAAUGAACCAAUGGCCUCUGCGUCAAGUCGCAAUGUAUCACUCUUUCGACGUCACGAACGGGCGGUCGCUGUGGAUUAUCCUUAAAGGAAACCAGUUAAUGGCGCGCCGUAUCUUAGCCGCUACGAAAAGCCAUAGGCACUUGAAGGCCUCAGAAAUAGAAAGCCCUGAAACAUCAUUUAUCGCUGGGCUACAGAUACAGACGAUGAUGGUUGAAUGGUGCUCUGAGAGCUGGGCCGAGUACAUCGACUAUCUUGAGGCGGAGGUUGCCCAAAACACCAUGGAAGGGGAAGCCGCACCAGUUGAGAAGAUGGUUAGGCCCGAAGAAAUCGAAUCAUUGCAUUCCCCAAGGGCUACGAACACUUGGGGAAGCCAACCGGAUAGCUCCUUGACCAACCCUAGACGACGGACAUUUCCUCGCUCUUCAUCGGAUCUGUUGGCAAUUAUCCGGCGCAUGUCUGGGCUUGAGACCGGCAUAUCCACCUCCCCGAGGGAUGAACCAAGCGAGAAAGAUGUCGAAGCAUCGGCUGGUCUAGUUGUAGAACCAGAAUCAGAAGAAGAUAAAGGUGAUAAGCUCGCUGAGCUUGAAAAGCAGUUCUCCUUUGAGAAAUUUCAAAAAUUAAGCUUGUUAGGUCGAGAUAUAGAACAGGCCCUGGUAGUCAUCGAACAGAACAAAGGGGUGCUUCAAGCGAUAGGAGAACAUUAUCGCUCGGUUGUCGAGUCAUACGGGUUUACGACUAACAUGAAGAAGGACCUUUACGACAGCGAUUUAACAACUUUCCUCGCCAAGAUACGAAGUAUCGAAAGGGAUUUAGACAGACAUUACGGUCGCAUACAGACGUUGUCCCGGGCACUAGAAAAUGCGAAGACAGUGUUUACUACACUGCUGCAGUACAAGAGCGAGAAAGUAUCUGAAUAUUUCGCAAACAGCGCGAGGACUUCAUCUAAUCGCAUGGAGUUGAUGACCCAGAAAAUGCACAGCAUUGCUAUUCGGACGGAGCAAGAGACGGUAUCCAUGCAUGUGAUUACGAUAUUUACGCUUAUUUUCCUUCCGGGGACGUUUAUUGCUGUAUGGACAAAGUUUCCACGGCUUUUCCCACACCUUCUGACAUCAGCACAGACAUUAUUCAGCAGCGGCGUUUUCAACUGGAACGACGAUGGGAAUCUUGACUCCGAAUGGGUCAUCCGAGACAGUGCCCUAAAACUAUUCUUCUCUGUAUCUUUACCUAUGAUGGUUAUUAUUCUAUCGGCCUGGUCCGUGUUAUACUUUUAUAUGCGACGCAAGCGGAAGGACGAAGAGAGGAAAUGGGUGUUGCCAGUGACAGAACAGCAGCCACCUGCAGCAGGCGGAGAUAACAGUGGGAUGGUUAUUCGUGGGGAGAACCUACAAAUGUAGGAUAGGGUAUCUACCCAAGUACGAUUCUGCGUUUUUUGAGGUGUUAGUGGUUAUUAUAGACAGGGGAAAAGAAGAAAGGGGCACUUUAGAGUUCAGGAGGCCGGACUACAGCACGGCUAUGUGUGGAGCUAUCGGCGGAUCGUCCCGGUAUCUCGGAGCACAGCAAAGUGGGGUUACUUCGGUCGAUUGAUAUUUAUAGAAGAAAUUUGUACCCAGCUGAAUUGAUCGGUGGUUUAUUUUUACACUCUCCUUA